AUGCUAGACAGCAAGCUCAAUUUCGGAGAGCAUAUUAUUAGGGCAGCCGACGAGGCUGCAAAAGUAGUAGCCUCGCUUGGCAAACUCAAAGCCAACAUCAACGGUCCACGAUCGUGCAUGAGGAGACUACUGAUGCGCACCGCCGAAGCAGUGAUCCUGUAUGGCGCAGAAGUCUGGGCCGAGGCGCUGCGACAUGAGAAAUAUCGCAAGCGCAUAGUCGUGGUAGAGCGAAGGGGCGCUCUCCGAAUCGCGUACUCCUACCGCACGGUCUCGGAGCCAGCAGUGCUAGUGUUCACGGAGGUAUUUCCGAUUGAUCUACUAGCCAAGGAGAAACAAUUCGUUCACCAGCAGAAGCCCGCUUAG